CAAACGAUGAGAAUGCGUCGGCCUAUACGGAUGAGACGCGUACAGAUGCACCUACAGAACUGAGCUGGAGUAGGAGAUAUUCGCCUACACUGGUAGCACAUGCUGCCAGCUUCAUCAGGUUCCCCGGGAAUGCCGCGGGAAUAGAAUCAUGCCGGAGAACCAUUAGUCGCUUCGGAACGGCCCUGGACAGGACGUUGGAUAGCUCGUCUGUCUCGUGGACGAUGGAAACCCAAACAUUGGAUUACACCUCUCAAGACUUGGAAGCCAUCCAACACGCCCAGGAUUUCGCCUCAACAUGCACCUCCCUGUUCUCCCAAAUGGUGGACGGCGCUAAGUGUGGGAAACCUCACCAAGCAAAGCUUCAUCUCUCCGGUUUCAAGCAAGACCAGCUGCAGAUGCACAUCCGCACAUGCAGAGAAACUGGCUGGAUCUCUACCGUCUUCACACGCUCCCUCGGACUACCCUCGCCCGAUCCCUUUUACUUGGACCACAUUUGCUCGACGGCUUCGUCACCCGCUACAAGGCCUGAGGUGUUGCACGUCUCGUUCAAUUCGGAGGGUAUGUGGGCGUCUAAUGACGUUACUGGACUUGGCCCACGCAGUCUUCUUGGCCCUAGGGAACUACCACUUGAUCAUUACUUUGCUGAAAGCGAUGGCCUUACACUCAAAUAUCGGAAGCUUGCGGGCGUCUUGUUGGCCGCUUCCAUGUUCCAGCUCAGUGAUAGUCCAUGGAUCCAGCACCACUUGGGAACGGAAUGCAUCUUCGUGCCCUCGCCAGACAACAAACGACUUCAGCAGUGGUGUCCUCAGAUUCUCUGCACCCUUGUUCGCAACAGCUAUGACGAGGACUGGAUUACCGGAGAAAAGUCGAACCACGUGCGCCUUGCUCGGGUACUGAAGUCUUGGGAAGACUUGGUCAGCGAUGACUAUAGGAGGGUUGCUAAAGCAUGUCUUGAAUUCGACAGUCUUAUUGAGGGCCUUGAUCAUCCGGACAUUGUUCCAGAGAGAAAGGGACUCGCUAUCAUCUACAAAUGCAUUCUCGAACCACUAUUUCGCCAUGUUACGAAGAGUUUCGGAAACCUGGCCCCAAUCUUCAAAGGGAUGUUUGGCCCUGGUCGCAGUCUCACAGCACCCAUGAACAUUUCACCAUCUAUUACCGCAAAACGCGUCCUCUUCGACGACGACGACUCUUUGCCAGAGCAUGGCGAUCAGAUAACUUCCCGUUUGUUCCUCAGCGGCCUCAACCAUUUCUUUCAAAGGAUCGGAACCUUACAUGAGGAUAUGAACAGCUUAACACAGUACCCCUCAUAUGAGAGGAUCCGGAUCAUCAUUUUAGAUUCUGGGGUAGACGAGACAGACUCGCUCAUUCGCCCUGCUAUCAAGUUCGGACGCAUCAACACCCAGAAGAGCAGGAGCUUCGUCGGCUGCCCAGACGAGUGGCGGCAGGAUAGUUGUGGACAUGGGACACAUGUUGCUCAGCUCCUUCUGAAGACUGCACCAGCCGCAGAAAUCUACGUUGGAAAGAUCUGCACCGGGAAGGUCAUUAACGAUGAAUUUAUGCCUGGGAUUGCAAAGGCGAUAGAUUGGGCCGUCAAGGAAUGCGACGCACACAUCAUCUCCAUGUCUUUCGGCUUUGAAGAUGAAAACGAUCUGAUCGAUGCGGCCGUAGACAGAGCCAUUAAUGCUGGCAAACUUAUCAUCGCCGCGGCCUCAAAUAACGGCGGCCUCUCUGGACGUGCUAGGCCAGCCCGUUAUGAGGGGGUAAUCUGCGUCCACGCCACAGAUGGGAAGGGAAACAAAGGCGGCAUGAACCCUUCUCCUCUGCCCAACAAGGACAACUUUGCCACACUAGGCGUCGCAGUUCCAUGUAAGUGGAAAGGCAAGGACGUGUGGAAGUCUGGCACCUCCUUUGCUGUGCCCAUUGCGGCAGGUUUCGCUGCAGAUAUCAUGGAGUUCGCGAAGUACAGAUGCACCAAUCUCAAGCCUAGGAAGCUCAAGAUUCUGCAACGAAAACAGGGCAUGCAGGUCAUUUUCCAGAAGAUGGCAGAGCUGAGGGAUGGCUAUGACUUUAUUCACCCCGUGCGCCUAUGGAAGGGCUGGCAGAAUCUAAAAACAGAGCAGCAGGCUGUGAAAGUUAUUGAGCACGUCAUGGAGGAGCUCUAACAGAGUGCAAAGCUAGAAUCUAAUUGAUGGAUUUAUCUACAUACAUUUUCAACGGCUCCCGGCUUCUCCCUUAUUCGCUUUUUCACAGCUCGGCCCGGUCACUUGCUCACUCUAGAAAUCCCACUAGCAAAACCAGCAGUUGAGGCUGCCCGCAAUUUUGAGGGAACCUUGUAAGGAGCAUCAAACCUAUCGA